UCGUCUUCGAGCGCAUGUCGAUAAACAGCAUCAAACAUGUCUGAAGGUGGAGCCGGGUACCGAGUUGAACUCGCGAAAACUGGACGCGCCAGCUGCAAAAGCAACAUCUGUGGAAAAUCACGUAUAGAACGGGGAAGUUUACGUUUCGGAACAUUCGUUGACACGGGCCGAUUUCAAAAUUGGAUGUGGAGACACUGGGGAUGUGUCACGGACAAAGUGCUGUCGAAUGUGAAAACAAAAAUCGGUGAUGACAUCGCGAAGAAUCUAGACGGUUUUGACGACGUGGGUGCCGAGAAUCAGGAGCGAAUCCUUCGAGCAUUCGAAAAUGGACAUGUGGAGGAUGCCGAUUUGGAGGCUUCAGAAGAACUGGCCAUUGAUGAACAUACACGCGCUAUUUUGGACGGAGAAUUCGAUUCAGAUGAGGCAUUAAGUGUAAUUGUUUCGGCCCUGCCUCCUCCGAGUGCCCGUGGCCAUGUUGCCGCUGCACAUCCCAGCAGCAGCAGUAGCAAAACGAGAGGAUCUCGGAAACACCGGUCGCCGUCAGUGAAGCGUGAGGAACACUAUUCUGACGAUGAUGGCGUAGUCGACGAUGGAGAGGUCGACGAGACCGAAGAGGAAGAGUUAUCGGAAGAAGACUCUUUUAGCGAGCGACCGUCUACGGACGACGAGGAGGAGGCUUCUGACUUUGAGCCAACAGCGCCUCGUGAACGCUCCUUCCGAGCCCGACGAGUUGUGGACUACCAUGAAGAGGAUGCGCCUAUGACUUAUUCUGAUGACGAAGACGAGUAUGUCAACAAUUGA